CGCUCGGAUGAUUCCUGAGAAACGAGGAAAUGGUUUUCACAAGGAUGGUCGACGGCCCCUGAGCCAAGAUGGAGGACAGAUAAGAACUAAUUUCUACUUCUAUUGCAAGAAGGAGGCUGACAGAAGGAGAGUCGAGUUCUGUGUCCAGAGAAGAAAAUCACAUUUAAGAAUGAAAGUACAUCUGACCUUGACCUUGGUGGUCUACCUCACGUGUGUCAAUGGCCUUGACUUUGGAUACCAUGACCAGGGGGCUGUAGAAACAUUCCUGACGAACAUAUCCACAAUGUACCCUGACAUAACCCAUGUGUACAGUGUGGGGAAGAGUAUGGGGGGGGCAGAGAUGUGGGUUAUUGCCAUCGGAGAGAGUCCCAAGGACCAGGCCCUGCUUCGCCCCAAUGUGAAAUACAUUGGCAACAUGCAUGGAAACGAGGUUCCAGGCCGUGAGAUGGUGCUGCAUCUGGUGGAAUACUUUGUGACCAACUACAUGGAGAACAACACCAUCACCCAGUUCCUCAACACCACCACCGUCCACCUCAUGCCUACCAUGAAUCCAGACGGCUUCGCCAAGUCCGUCGAGGGCAACUGUACAGGUGUGGUGGGCAGGUUUAACAAUAACGGAUAUGAUUUGAAUCGGAACUUCCCUGACUACUUUGCAACCAACCCAGAUCCAAUUCAAAUUGAGACACAGAACAUAAUGAAGUGGAUUGAAGAUAUACCGUUUGUUCUGUCUGCAAACUUCCAUGGAGGUGUUGAGGUGGUGAACUAUCCCUGGGACAGCUACCCUAAUGCUGAUGAUGUCGCCAAGUAUUCCAAGAGUCCUGAUGAUGAUGUCUUCGUCCAUAUCUCCAAGGUCUACUCCUUCUCCCAUGGCAACAUGUACAUGGGGCUUCCCUGUACCAACAUCACCGGGGACGAGGGAUUCAAAGAUGGCAUCACUAAUGGGGCACUCUGGUACCCAGUGACAGGCGGAAUGCAGGACUACAACUACGUGCGGGCCAGCUGUAUGGAGGUGCUGGUCGAGAUGACAUGCUGCAAGUACCCAAUGGCCAGCGAGCUGCCCAAGAUCUGGACGGACAACAAGGACGCCCUCGUCAACUACCUCAUGCUGGUCCACAUGGGAGUGAAAGGGCUGGUGACAGACAUCAACAAUAACCCUGUCAGUGGUGUGAAGGUCAUAGUGAAGGACAGAGAGGAGAUCGUGUUUAAGACAACUACCCGCGGAGAGUACUGGAGGAUGUUGAUGCCCGGAACAUACACGUUGGAGUUCAGUUUCAAUGGUUUCUUGACGGAGACCAAAUCUGUGACUGUUCAACAAGGGGAGGUGACUCGAGUGGAUGUUCAGCUACCGGAGGCAAAAACAGGCACCAGGGGAAGCCGUUUCUAUCGAGGACUUACCUCCAGGAUAUGAUUCCAAGACUGGCUGGUGAUUUGCAUAAUGUUCAGCCAAUCAGAUCUGACUAAGAUGUCCCAUCAACCAAUCAAAGCUCUACCAACAUGUCUCUACACUUCAGUAAUAUAUUAACUUACAGGAUAUCUCUUCCGACUGUCAUUGUACAGGGAGAACAAUAAACAAUAUUUUCAUCACCAAUUGAAAAUAGAUAUAUCAAUAUGCAAUAUAUAUGCAAGUUUUGGCCAAAUCAAAAUGAUAUUUAACAGAUUGUUCAAAAUGGUAUUUAAGGCUCCAAUGUAAAAUUCACGGGAAUAAAUUAUGAUUUUGUA